AUGGGAAGGAAGAAUAAAGAAGAGGAAGAAGAACAAAUAAAUGAAAUCUCAACUUUUGUGAGACCGAGUGUAGAAAAGGAAUAUGCAGAAUCAGUUCAAGCUCAAACACUUAGAAAAGAGAGUCAAAGUAAACUUAAAGUAGCAAUUAAAGAAUGUGUAUCAUACUACUUUUCAAACAAUUCAUCACCCAUUACAAACACCAUUCAUGAACAUUUAUUAGGUCCAAUUUGUUAUCAAAUUGAAGCUUUUAUUUGUCAUAAAUUAAAACAAAAUUCUAAAAUAUGGGAAAUCAUUCAAUUAUUACCAAAUUUAAAAAAGGAUUUAAAAAAUCCUUUAUUGGCAGAUAGUAGAGCAGUAGAUUGGAAAGAGGAAUUUGAUUAUAUUAAUAGUUCAAGUGAAGUGACGAGUGAUUUGGGUAAAGCAAGAGCCUGGAUUAGAAGAUCAUUAAAUGAAUCAAUAUUGAAUCAAGCCAUUGAAAUAUUGACAUCGAAUCAAGAUAUCAUCAAAACCUAUUAUCAAGAAGACUCUAUUCUUAGACACAAAGAAGAUGCUGAUUUGUUUCGUUCCAUCUUGGUAUCAUUGGCAACUCUGCAAUUUCAAAUAGAUUAUAAUAAUAGUAAAUUGGAUCAUGUCAACAUUGACCCUUCAUGUCUAUCUCCACUUCAUCCUUUUUAUUUGGAUUUCCAAAGACAACAUAUAAUAGUAAAGGAUGAUAAUGAAUCUACUACUUCUUCUUCUUCUUCUUCUUCUUCAACAACAGUAGGACCAACAAAAGUUUUGGUAAAGAAAAAAAAAGUUCUAAAAUCACUAACAAGAAAUAUUAAUUUGGAUGGUGAGGAUGAAUUUGGUCAAGGUGAGGCGGUUGCAGUUGAAGUUCAAGCGGUGCCUGAAAAGAAAACAAAAAUCAUAAAAAGAAUUACAAAAAUUAAAAAAGUAGUAAAAAAAGUUAAACAAGAAAAAGAAAAUGAAGAUCAAGAAGAAAAAGAAAAAGAAAAAGAAGAAGAAAUCAAUCCUCCAAUAGUAGUACAACAACAACAACAAGAAAUUAAUUUAUCUUGUAAUGAACAAGAAGAAGAGGAAGAAGAGGAAAAAGUAAAGGAACCAAUUGUUCCAAUUGAUGAUAUUCUUUCAAGUGAUGAAGAACAUAAUCGUAUAAUGUUAAAAAGAUCAAUGGAAAUUCAAGAACAACAAGGACCAAUAUUAACAUUAAUGGAGGAAUUGGCAUUAUUAGAUCCAACAACAGUUAAUAGUAGUACUAUUAGUAGUAAUAGUAGUAUUUCUAGUAAUUAUUAUGAAAAAUCUUCCGAUGAUCCUGUUCCCAAUCAUCCUCCUCCUCCUACUACAACUACUACUCAUAAUGUUUCAGAUUUUAUAUUUUCACAAAAACAAGCACAACAACCAUGUCAUCAUUUAUCAAUAGAAGAGGAAUCAAUGGUAUUUGACAAGAUUGAUCAAUUUGAACAAUUGUUGCAAGAAAAACAUCAUCUACAAGAAAAGGAUGAUAAUAUAAGAAUUCAUCAUUCUAGUACGCUGACAGUAUCAGUUUCAACAAAUGAUAUUGCUCAACAAUUCAACUAUAGUCAUCAUAAUAAUUCAGCUACCACUUCUUAUGUAUCAGAUGAUCUAAGUGAAGAUAUCAAUGAUAUUACUACAAUCAAUGAUUCAAUGAAUCAUGAUACUUUGGAAUCGUAUGAUGAUUUACUUUUGGAUCCAACUAUUCAAUUUUUAAUUCAAAGUGCAAAAGAUUUACCACCUCCAUCUUCAUCUUCAACUACACCAAAUUAUGAUUCACCACCACAAACUUCUUUAUCUUCUUCAUCUUCUUCCAUUUCACCUGUAAAUAUUAAUAAUAAUCAAAAUAAUCAAAAUAAUCAAACAAAAUCAACUUUUACUUCUUCUAAUUCUUCAUCUAAUAUUUCAUCUCCAUCUUCAUUUAAAUGGGCACCAUUAAGAAAAAAAAUAUUAUUUACUAUACCUACUCAAGGAACAUUGCAAGAACAAAAUUAUCAAUGUUAUGGUUGUGCAAAAGAUAUAUCUGGAAUAUUUUCAUUGUCAAGAUAUUGUGAAUAUAGUGGAAAGUAUUAUUGUUCUGGAUGUCAUUCUAAAAAGUAUUGGUACAUUCCUGGUAAAAUUCUAACCAAUUGGGAUUUUAAACAAUAUUAUUUGGCCAAUUUCUAUUAUGAAUUUUUGGUGGAAAUGGAAAAGGAACCAGUUUAUGAUUUGGGUAAUGUCAAUCCCAAACUGUACAAAAACAAUCAUCUCUUGCGUAUUAGAAAUCUUCGUAGACAAAUGUUUCAUCUCAAGGACUUUUUAAUUACUUGUACAAGAGGUGGACAGGCAUUGCUUGAACUUUUGGGUCGUAGUGAGUAUUUGGCAAACUCUAUCGAUUUGUUUUCGCUUGGAGAUUUGGUCAAUUACAAACAACUUUUGGAAACAUUAAGACAAUUGGUGGCAAAGUGGUUGGAUCACGUUGAAAAGUGUGUACUAUGUCUUGCCAAGGGAUUUGUUUGCGAGUAUUGUGACGAUCACACUGCAAUCUAUCCCUAUCACAUUUCUACCGUCUCUCAAUGCUCCAAUUGCAAGAGUUUCCAUCACAACAAAUGUCAACAACUUGGUAAACAAUGCCCAAAGUGUCUAAGACUUGCAAAACAAAGAAUUUUACAAAACUUUGAAAAGGCUCGUAAACUUGAAAAAGAAAAAUUAGAAACUGAAAAAAAUAAUCUUAUAAUGAAUUAA